AGAUUAGAAUAUUAUUAUUCUUACUAGUUAAUUAUGUUUAGACGUAGUGGAAUAUGUAUAAGUAGACGAUACUUGAAUAUUCAAACUCGUCCUAUAUUGUCAAUACCAUAUGGUACAGGUCAACCAACUCAUGAGACGAGAUCUCAUUACUUACCUACACUGGGAAAUAUAACUCCAGGCAUUUCAGCCAUUGAAUAUUAUCAAAGAAGAUUGGAAUUUUCUACUAAGAUGCCAUUAAAUUCUAUAGCUAUAUUAGUUGGUAAUGAUAUUAAAUAUAGUUCCGGUAGUGUAUUCUAUGAUUUUCAACAAAAUAAUGAUUUAUACUAUUUGACUGGUUGGUUAGAACCUAAUUCAAUGGCUAUCAUUGAAAAAGGUGCUAAUGAAGAUGAUAUUAGUUUACAUAUGAUAGUUCCUCCUAAAACUCCUCAUCUGGAACUAUGGGAAGGUCCUAAAUCCGGUUUAGAAGGAGCUUAUGAUUACUUUAAUGCUGAUUAUGUUGAAAGUAUUGAUAAUUGUAUUAAAUAUCUUGUGCAAUUAACUUCAAGAUCAAAGUACAUUUUCUGGGAUUCUCCUAAUAAAUCAGAUUCUAAAAAGAGUUUCUUUUCUAGUUUAUUAUCACUGACUGGUUCUACAAAUGUAAAUGGAACUAUUGGUGAUAUAAUAGCUAAAUCAGGUAAAUUCAUUCAACCCUUAUCAGCUAAGCUUGCCGAACAGAGAGCCAUUAAAUCUGAUUCUGAAAUACAGGUUAUGCAUGCUGCUGCUCAGAUUUCAAGUCGAGCCAUAAACAAGGCCAUUGCUAAAGUUGGAUCUGAAUUCCCCUUUAGUACAGAAAAGACUCUUGCAAAGUAUUUGGAAUAUCAAUUUGUUAAAGGUGGUUGUGAUAAGCAAGCAUAUAUUCCAGUUGUAGCCAGUGGUCCUAAUGCUCUUACUAUUCAUUAUACUAGAAAUGAUGAUAUAUUAUAUCGUGAUGAAAUGGUAUUUGUAGAUGCUGGUGGUAAGUUAGGAGGUUAUUGUGCUGAUAUAUCGAGAACUUGGCCUAACUCUCCAAAAGGAUUCUCUGAACCUCAAAGAGAUAUUUAUGAGAUUGUAUUAAAUACCAAUAAAAAAUGUAUUGAUAUGUGUGAUGAAUCAAAGUAUAACUCACUUCAUGAUAUUCAUGAAUUUUCAGUUAAAUAUUUAACUCAAGAAUUAAAGAAUUUACCUGGAUUUUCUGCUGUUACAACUAAUGAAGUUGCAAGAACUUUAUAUCCUCAUUAUGUAGGUCAUCAUCUUGGAUUAGAUUUACAUGAUAUACCUUCUGUAUCUAGGUAUGCUAAGUUAGUUGAAGGAAAUGUUAUUACUAUAGAACCAGGUUUAUAUAUUCCUAUUAAUUCCAAAUGGCCAAAACAUUUCCAAGGUAUUGGAGUUAGAGUUGAAGAUGAUAUUGUAGUGGGUAAAACCAAUGACGAGAUAUUUAAUUUAAGUAGUGGUUGUGUCAAGGAAAUUGUAGAUAUUGAGUCCUUGAUUUCAAGUGGAAAAGUUACAACUCCUGGAGUUGGGGAAGAGUUAGUAAUUUUGGAUAUAUAGUUAAUUAUAGAUUACUUAUCUUGUAUAUACAUAAAACGUUACUAUUUACAUUUUGGAGAAAUAAAUUAACCUCUACCGAUAUUUAAUAAUAAAGAGUUCUUA